AUGGACAGUCGACAGCACUAUGUCCCGGGCCCGCCUUUCCUACCACCACCUCCGCCCCGACAUCCAUCGGGCCAAGCUCAAACACUGGUACCGCCUCCCCCUCCUGGUCCACCCCCGGGGACAACCUAUGGAGGACAGGCAUCGUGGCAGCAGAGCUGGGGAAGACAAGCCUUGACCCCGGGAUUUCCUCCGCCCCCGCCACCCCCUCUUGCCUCCGCGCCAAAUCAACAUUUGGCAUACGGCCGCCCGCCGGCUCAGUUGUCGAUAGCUCCUCCACGACACGACCACCCGCCGCUGACAUCCGCAACUUACAUUCCUGGGAAUGAUACUAUUGGCGUCGGUAUUCCUGGAUUGUUCGAUCCCCAUGGACACGCUCCGUAUGAUCCUUAUGCGCAUACCACUGCCGAGAGACAACGAUUGGGUCUCACUCAAAUGCAUGAUCAUGUCAAUACUUCAGGCCCAUACAAAACAGACCCAAACCUUCCGCAGACUCCAGGGGGGCGCACGAUCGCUCCGCCCUACGCUCUUCAUGGAAACGUCCACGAAUUGACGUCCAACAAUGACAGUCCACAACCACACGCGACUCCACAAAGUACCGAUAUUGCUAAGUCUUCAAGCCAUCGCCACAAUAAUAGCAAUGUAUCGCUAGGUGGAUUAACUCCCAGCGAGGCUGCAAUCCGGUGGCCUUUGAAUGAAGUGCUUAUCUGGCUGGAGAAAAACGGAUUUUCCAAAGAAUGGCAGGAAACUUUCAAAUCUUUGGAACUCCAAGGAGCCGACUUCCUCGAGCUCGGUCUAGGAGCCGGCGGUCGGGGAAACCUUGGGAAAAUGCAUCAAGUGGUUUAUCCCCAAUUAGCCAAGGAGGUUGGCUUAAGUGGCAAAAAAUGGGAACCUGGCCGGGAACGAGACGAAGGGAAACGCAUGCGCCAAUUGAUUCGCGUAAUUCAUGACCACACAAAUGACAACACCGCUUCGACACCACAGAACCAAUCGCAGCCGCCGGCGUCUGCAUUCCCCGAAAGUAGUACUGGUUACUUCUCUAGCCGCUUCCCCGAGCCACGCUCUGCUGGGCCUGUUCCAGGUGUCAACGAUGUGAGCCCGGAGCAUUUGACUGCAUUGAAUAUGUCAUCCAAUCAGAACUCAAAGCCGGCUGGACAGCGCUCGGUGACAAUGCCACCCCCAACUACUCAUGACUCGCCGAGAUAUGAUUCUCCAGCACAAGAAACUCAAACUUGGGUCCGGUCUGACUUUUCCCGAAAUGCCUUGGCAGGAAUCAACGUUGACCAUCGACGCCAGAGCCCAUCUAUUGGUAGUGAAGCUGGCACAUUUCAGUCAUCAACACUCCGGCCACAAGAGAGCCCGCAAAGUGGCAGCCCAGCUAUACAGCAAAUAUCACCCAAUUACGCAUCAUUCUCUUCGUCUGCAGGAGAUUUAACAUUGAAAUAUGACCAUUCUCGGGGCAACAGUACGGACUCAAUUCUCGGUUUUGGUCGAGGCUCCGCGGGACGGUACUAUGAUCCUCGUAGACAAGGCCAAGAAGGCGCUCGUCCCUCGCCUCAGGAUACGCACAGUCGGCAAUGGAUCGGUGAACCUCAUUCGUAUUCCAAAGAACAUGGCAAAAGCUUCUUCUCUAAUCUUUUGAAGAAGAAAACUAAGACCACUGACUCUAGCCACCCAUCCCCCGAGCAACAUGAGGAUUCAUCGCCAACAACGAGUCCUGAGACUCGCCCGAACGAUGCAUAUCUCCCCUACUCAAAACCUGGCUACAAUGCUAGUGACAUGUCGGUCGGUGAGCGUCCAUAUACAGCGUCAAUCAAAACGAAAAAAUGGGUCUUUGUGACCAUGGAUGGUUCCAACUUCCGCCUAAUUGACAUUUCUGAAAUGGACUCUUUUGAGGCAUUGCGUGUCGGAAUCUGUCAAAACAUCGGGGUUGACUGGACUAGCGCCCAGAUUUACCUUACAGAACCAGGUCAAAUUGAUCACGAGGAUCCCAUGAGCGACAAAAACCUCACUCAAGCCCGUCGAAGCAAGUCAGAUGCCUAUGGUUCUCUAAAGCUGUUUGUGCGAGGGACCCCUUUACAGUCUGUAGCACCCAACACCCCCCGAUUCGAUGGCCUCGGGGUCUCAUUCCCAGACAAGCCAAAUAUGUCCCCAACGGCAACCCAUCAUCAGGUUCACAGGAAGCCACUGGACGAAGAAGCCCUCAACAGGAUAUCGCCCCAUCGCACUAUCCCAGACUCCCCGGUAUUGGGCUCUCGGCAAAGCACGUUGAAGGCUUUAGGUGGAAAGGCAUGCCCAGCAGAUACCACACAGGACGCAACCCAAGUGCUUGAAUCUGACCCAUCUGAUUUGCUCGCUCGUCAUGAGGAACAUAUGCGUGAAGUUGAACGGAAACAAAAACAAUAUCUCCUUUCUAAAAUGCCGCAGUCUCAGCAAAACAAGAAUGCCUACGGAGAGACUGGGUACAGGAGAAAUGAAGUCAUUGAUUUCGAUUCUCCUCGCAUCUCGCCUUAUGACGAGAAGAAAGGGGAAUCGCUGGUGCCACUUCGCAAGCCCCCAACGGCGCCAAUCGAGUCUAACACCCUCACCAAGGUUAACUCUCUCAGCAGGAGGCCUACUACUCGUGAAUCUCGGCCCCAGCGGUCUGCUCCAAAUCAUGGUCUGGGGGCUGCGAUUGCCAAUGUUGGCCGCAUUACAAGUGCCAUCGGCACACCGUUGCCUUCUGUGCCAGCCCCUUCUACUACUCCCGGCUUUGAUAGCCGAAACAGUGCAGGCUCGGAGUCUGAUCGGCCAGAAACACUUGACUCUACUGGAACAAUGUCAAGUAGAACAACUCUAGACUCUUCGAGGCCCUCUUCAAAGCAUCUCGCAGAGAACGAAAAACAACCGGUCUCACUCGCCAAUCAACCGCCCGAGAAAUCAUCUGAUACUUCUCCAAGACCAGGAUUGCAAUCCCGCAAGUCGUUUGGGCCUGAAUUUGACUUUGAAGAGAACCAAGUCUCUUUUCAACGAACUCCUAAACCCCAGAAGGACUCUGACGAUGACUCGGAUGAUGACUCCGACGAUGGCCUAUUCCAAGUCCGGCCUUCAAGGGCUAAGGAAGAAGAACAGGCCGCACUAAAUGAGCCCCAAAAGAAGUCAGACAGGCCAUCUCUUACGGUGAACACAGAUAACCACCUCAAACCGACUCUCUCUGUCAGGUUUAAAUCACCGAGUACCGCCGGCCACAGUUCGGGCGGAGAGGCCUCUGAUGGAAGAGAACCGUUAUCUAGCACCCGUGGACCCGUUUCACCCGAGGAUGAGAGGCCUGGACCCCGGCGAGAUUCAUUUGCCCGAGACGUCUGGGCCAGCAGACCUGCUGUUGAAGGCGUCAUUGACCAUCUUGAUGAUUUCUUCCCUGAUGUUGAUCUUGACGCUCCUUACUUGGAUGAGCCUGCGUCACCAAGUACCAGAGCAACCAAUCUUCAAUAUGACGCAGGCUUCAAAGAAAAGAAGGAAUCUUUGCCGGCUAUGCCACAGCCAACCACCACUGCUACUAAUCCAUAUGGGCCUGAUGCAGCUACCGCGAGGCCAUCUGGCGCCAGUAUUGUCGCUCAACACCAUAUCACGCGCGGCGGAGUUGGUGGUGGUGGCCUGUCCCGCAUGAAAUCCAUUCGACAGGUGGCCCAGGGAGCAAACCGGACGAAGAGCGUGAGCGUUGCUGGACCCCAAAGAUCGGGUGAUCUUUUGCGCCGAAAGAGUACCAAGAUGUUCGGCGCCAAGAUCAUGCAAAUCAGGCCCCGCCCCGGUAGUCGCAUCAGCCAGCUCGAUCCGAUCCCACAAAACAGCAACCAGGUGGUGCCGGCUACCGGCGCUCUUCCCCAGCGUCAGCCCACUUUCCGCAUCAUCCGUGGUCAGCUUAUCGGCAAGGGUACCUAUGGCCGAGUGUACCUAGGUAUGAAUGCGGACAAUGGUGAAGUGCUAGCAGUGAAGUUGGUAGAGAUCAACCCGCGAAUUGCAGGCACAGACAAAGAUCGUAUCAAGGAAAUGGUUGCCGCCCUGGACCAGGAGAUCGACACAAUGCAACACCUCGAACACCCCAAUAUCGUACAGUAUCUGGGCUGCGAGCGUGGCGAAUUCUCCAUCUCCAUCUACCUGGAAUAUAUUUCCGGUGGCUCUGUUGGAAGCUGCCUGCGCAAACACGGCAAAUUCGAGGAAAGUGUUGUGAGAUCACUGACCCGGCAAACGCUUGGUGGACUUGCAUACUUGCAUGACAAAGGCAUUCUCCAUCGAGAUUUGAAGGCAGACAAUAUUCUCCUGGAUCUCGAUGGAACAUGCAAGAUCUCUGACUUUGGUAUUUCCAAAAAGACAGACGACAUCUACGGCAACGACUCGUCCAAUUCCAUGCAAGGCACUGUUUUCUGGAUGGCCCCGGAGGUCAUCCAGUCCCAAGGGCAGGGAUACAGCGCCAAGGUUGAUAUCUGGUCCCUUGGUUGUGUGGUGUUGGAGAUGUUCGCGGGUCGUCGUCCAUGGAGCAAGGAAGAAGCAAUUGGUGCUAUUUUCAAGCUUGGUAGUCUAAGUCAGGCCCCGCCGAUUCCUGAUGACGUGUCUAUGAACAUUAGUCCGGCAGCUCUUGCUUUCAUGUACGACUGUUUCACGAUUGACUCGGCUGAACGUCCUACUGCGGGAACUCUACUCACUCGCCAUCCCUUCUGCGAGUCCGAUGCCAACUACAAUUUCCUAGACACAGAGUUAUAUGCUAAGAUCCGCGAUGUUCUCUGA